GUAGUCUUCCUACCUCCCACAAGAUGGCGGAGGGCAAGUAGCAAGGGGGCGGGGUGUGGCCGCCGGAAGCCUGGCUGCUGCUGGGGGAGAUCUGCGGGCUAAGCCCCGGGAGCAGUGGACCGAGGUUGGCUCGAUGCUGUUCCCGGGAACUGCUGUUGGGUGUUGGUGAGGAAGGUGAGGCACGCAGUUGCCUUCUCGGGCCCCGGCGCCCCCUAUGUACGCCUGCCUGGGCUCGGGUCCGGUCGCCGCAUUGCCCGCUUCUGUACCACCCUCAACUCUCGGGUCCUGGAGCACCGACGGCAGCAGGAGCUGCGUCCGGCAGGAGACGAAGAGCCCAGGCGGCGCUCGUACUUCUGGCCACUGGGCGAGUGUCUGGCAGGAAGUACUUAAACAACUACAAGGAAGUAUUGAAGAUGAAGCUAUGGCUUCCUCUGGACAGAUUGAUUUAUUAGAGCGUCUUAAAGAGCUUAACUUAGAUAGCAGUAAUUUCCCUGGAGUAAAACUACGGUCAAAAAUGUCCCUCCGUUCUUAUGGAAGCCGGGAAGGAUCUGUAUCAAGCCGUUCUGGAGAGUGCAGUCCUGUUCCUAUGGGUUCCUUUCCAAGAAGAGGGUUUGUAAAUGGAAGCAGAGAAAGUACUGGAUAUUUAGAAGAACUUGAGAAAGAGAGGUCGUUGCUUCUUGCUGAUCUUGACAAAGAAGAAAAAGAAAAAGACUGGUAUUAUGCUCAACUUCAGAAUCUCACUAAAAGAAUAGAUAGUCUUCCUUUAACUGAAAAUUUUUCCUUACAAACAGAUAUGACCAGAAGGCAAUUGGAAUAUGAAGCAAGGCAAAUCAGAGUUGCAAUGGAAGAACAACUAGGUACCUGCCAGGAUAUGGAAAAACGAGCACAGCGAAGAAUAGCCAGAAUUCAGCAAAUCGAAAAGGACAUACUUCGUAUACGACAGCUUUUACAGUCCCAAGCAACAGAAGCAGAGAGGUCAUCUCAGAACAAGCAUGAAACUGGCUCACAUGAUGCUGAGCGGCAGAAUGAAGGUCAAGGAGUGGGAGAAAUCAACAUGGCAACUUCUGGUAAUGGUCAGGGUUCAGCUACACGAGUGGACCACGAAACAGCCAGUGUUUUGAGUUCUAGUAGCACACACUCUGCACCUCGAAGGCUGACAAGUCAUCUGGGAACCAAGGUGGAAAUGGUGUAUUCAUUGUUGUCAAUGCUUGGUACUCAUGAUAAGGAUGAUAUGUCGCGAACUUUGCUAGCUAUGUCUAGCUCCCAAGACAGCUGUAUAUCCAUGCGACAGUCUGGAUGUCUUCCUCUCCUCAUCCAGCUUUUACAUGGCAAUGACAAAGACUCUGUAUUGUUGGGAAAUUCCCGGGGCAGUAAAGAGGCUCGGGCCAGGGCCAGUGCAGCACUCCACAACAUCAUUCACUCACAGCCUGAUGACAAGAGAGGCAGGCGUGAAAUCCGAGUCCUUCAUCUUUUGGAACAGAUACGCGCUUACUGUGAAACCUGUUGGGAGUGGCAGGAAGCUCAUGAACAAGGCAUGGACCAGGACAAAAAUCCAAUGCCAGCUCCUGUUGAACAUCAGAUCUGUCCUGCUGUGUGUGUUCUAAUGAAACUUUCAUUUGAUGAAGAGCAUAGACAUGCAAUGAAUGAACUAGGUAGGAAGGCUACCCGGGGCAUUUCAUCACAGGAGCUAGGGCAGGGGCUUUCAGGGGGACUACAGGCCAUUGCAGAAUUAUUGCAAGUGGACUGUGAAAUGUAUGGGCUUACUAAUGACCACUACAGUAUUACACUAAGACGAUAUGCUGGAAUGGCUUUGACAAACUUGACUUUCGGAGAUGUAGCCAACAAGGCUACGCUAUGCUCUAUGAAAGGCUGCAUGAGAGCACUUGUGGCCCAACUAAAAUCUGAAAGUGAAGACUUACAGCAGGUUAUUGCAAGUGUUUUGAGGAAUUUGUCUUGGCGAGCAGAUGUAAAUAGUAAGAAGACAUUGCGGGAAGUUGGAAGUGUGAAAGCAUUGAUGGAAUGUGCUUUAGAAGUUAAAAAGGAAUCAACCCUCAAAAGCGUAUUGAGUGCCUUAUGGAAUUUGUCAGCACAUUGCACUGAGAAUAAAGCUGAUAUAUGUGCUGUAGAUGGUGCACUUGCAUUUUUGGUUGGCACUCUUACUUACCGGAGCCAGACAAACACUUUAGCCAUUAUUGAAAGUGGAGGUGGGAUAUUACGGAAUGUGUCCAGCUUGAUAGCUACAAAUGAGGACCACAGGCAAAUCCUAAGAGAGAACAACUGUCUACAAACUUUAUUACAACACUUAAAAUCUCAUAGUUUGACAAUAGUCAGUAAUGCAUGUGGAACUUUGUGGAAUCUCUCAGCAAGAAAUCCUAAAGACCAGGAAGCAUUAUGGGACAUGGGGGCAGUUAGCAUGCUCAAGAACCUCAUUCAUUCAAAGCACAAAAUGAUUGCUAUGGGAAGUGCUGCAGCUUUAAGGAAUCUCAUGGCAAAUAGGCCUACGAAGUACAAAGAUGCCAAUAUUAUGUCUCCCGGCUCAAGCGUGCCAUCUCUUCAUGUUAGGAAACAAAAAGCCCUAGAAGCAGAAUUAGAUGCUCAGCAUUUAUCAGAAACUUUUGACAAUAUAGACAAUUUAAGUCCCAAGGCAUCUCAUCGUAGUAAGCAAAGACACAAGCAAAGUCUCUAUGGUGAUUUUGUUUUUGACACCAAUCGACAUGAUGAUAAUAGGUCAGACAAUUUUAAUACUGGCAACAUGACUGUCCUUUCACCAUAUUUGAAUACUACAGUGUUACCCAGCUCCUCUUCAUCAAGAGGAAGCUUAGAUAGUUCUCGUUCUGAAAAAGAUAGAAGUUUGGAUAGAGAACGAGGAAUUGGUCUAGGCAACUACCAUCCAGCAACAGAAAAUCCAGGAACCUCUUCAAAGCGAGGUUUGCAGCUCUCCACCACUGCAGCCCAGAUUGCCAAAGUCAUGGAAGAAGUGUCAGCCAUUCAUACCUCUCAGGAAGACAGAAGUUCUGGGUCUACCACUGAAUUACAUUGUGUGACAGAUGAGAGAAAUGCACUUAGAAGAAGCUCUGCUGCCCAUACACAUUCAAGCACUUACAAUUUCAGUAAGUCAGAAAAUUCAAAUAGGACAUGUUCUAUGCCUUAUGCCAAAUUAGAAUACAAGAGAUCUUCAAAUGAUAGUUUAAAUAGUGUCAGUAGUAGUGAUGGUUAUGGUAAAAGAGGUCAAAUGAAACCCUCAAUUGAAUCCUAUUCUGAAGAUGAUGAAAGUAAGUUUUGCAGUUAUGGUCAAUACCCAGCCGACCUAGCCCAUAAAAUACAUAGUGCAAAUCAUAUGGAUGAUAAUGAUGGAGAACUAGAUACACCAAUAAAUUAUAGUCUUAAAUAUUCAGAUGAGCAGUUAAACUCUGGAAGGCAAAGUCCUUCACAGAAUGAAAGAUGGGCAAGACCCAAACACAUAAUAGAAGAUGAACUAAAACAAAGUGAGCAAAGACAAUCAAGGAAUCAAAGUACAACUUACCCUGUUUAUACUGAGAGCACUGAUGAUAAACACCUCAAGUUCCAACCACAUUUUGGACAGCAGGAAUGUGUUUCUCCAUACAGAUCACGGGGAGCCAAUGGUUCAGAAACAAAUCGAGUGGGUUCUAAUCAUGGAAUUAAUCAAAAUGUAAGCCAGUCUUUGUGUCAAGAAGAUGACUAUGAAGAUGAUAAGCCUACCAACUAUAGUGAACGUUACUCUGAAGAAGAACAGCAUGAAGAAGAAGAGAGACCAACAAAUUAUAGCAUAAAAUAUAAUGAAGAGAAACAUCAUGUGGAUCAGCCUAUUGAUUAUAGUUUAAAAUAUGCCACAGAUAUUCCUUCAUCACAGAAACAGUCAUUUUCAUUCUCAAAGAGUUCAUCUGGACAAAGCACUAAAACUGAACAUAUGUCUUCAAGCAGUGAGAAUACGUCCACACCUUCAUCUAAUGCAAAGAGGCAGAAUCAGCUCCAUCCAAGUUCUGCACAGAGUAGAAGUGGUCAGACUCAAAAGGCUGCCACUUGCAAAGUUUCUUCUAUUAACCAAGAAACAAUACAGACUUAUUGUGUAGAAGAUACUCCAAUAUGUUUUUCAAGAUGUAGUUCAUUGUCAUCUUUGUCAUCGGCUGAAGAUGAAAUAGGAUGUGACCAGAGGACACAGGAAGCAGAUUCUGCUAACACCCUGCAAGUAGUAGAAAUAAAAGAAAAGAUUGGAACUAGAUCAACUGAAGAUCCUGUGAGCGAAGUUCCAGCAGUGUCGCAGCACACUAGAACCAAAUCCAGCAGACUGCAGUGUUCUAGUUUAUCUUCAGAAUCAGCCAGGCACAAAGCUGUUGAAUUUUCUUCAGGAGCAAAAUCUCCCUCCAAAAGUGGUGCUCAGACACCCAAGAGUCCACCUGAACACUAUGUUCAGGAGACUCCACUCAUGUUUAGCAGAUGUACUUCUGUCAGUUCACUUGAUAGUUUUGAGAGUCGUUCGAUUGCCAGCUCCGUUCAGAGUGAACCAUGCAGUGGAAUGGUAAGUGGCAUUAUAAGCCCCAGUGAUCUUCCAGAUAGCCCUGGACAAACCAUGCCACCAAGCAGAAGUAAAACCCCUCCACCACCUCCUCAAACAGCUCAAACCAAGCGAGAAGUACCAAAAAAUAAAGCACCUACUGCUGAAAAGAGAGAGAGUGGACCUAAGCAAGCUGCAGUAAAUGCUGCAGUUCAGAGGGUCCAGGUUCUUCCAGAUGCUGAUACUUUAUUACAUUUUGCCACGGAAAGUACUCCAGAUGGAUUUUCUUGUUCAUCCAGCCUGAGUGCUCUGAGCCUCGAUGAGCCAUUUAUACAGAAAGAUGUGGAAUUAAGAAUAAUGCCUCCAGUUCAGGAAAAUGACAAUGGGAAUGAAACAGAAUCAGAGCAGCCUAAAGAAUCAAAUGAAAACCAAGAGAAAGAGGCAGAAAAAACUAUUGAUUCUGAAAAGGACCUAUUAGAUGAUUCAGAUGAUGAUGAUAUUGAAAUACUAGAAGAAUGUAUUAUUUCUGCCAUGCCAACAAAGUCAUCACGUAAAGCAAAAAAGCCAGCCCAGACUGCUUCAAAAUUACCUCCACCUGUGGCAAGGAAACCAAGUCAGCUGCCUGUGUACAAACUUCUACCAUCACAAAACAGGUUGCAACCCCAAAAGCAUGUUAGUUUUACACCGGGAGAUGAUAUGCCACGGGUGUAUUGUGUAGAAGGGACACCUAUAAACUUUUCCACAGCUACAUCUCUAAGUGAUCUAACAAUAGAAUCCCCUCCAAAUGAGUUAGCUGCUGGAGAAGGAGUUAGAGGAGGGGCACAGUCAGGUGAAUUUGAAAAACGAGAUACCAUUCCUACAGAAGGCAGAAGUACAGAUGAGGCUCAAGGAGGAAAAACCUCGUCUGUAACCAUACCUGAAUUGGAUGACAAUAAAACAGAGGAAGGUGAUAUUCUUGCAGAAUGCAUUAAUUCUGCUAUGCCCAAAGGGAAAAGUCACAAGCCUUUCCGUGUGAAAAAGAUAAUGGACCAGGUCCAGCAAGCAUCUGCAUCUUCCUCUGCACCCAACAAAAAUCAGUUAGAUGGUAAGAAAAAGAAACCAACUUCACCAGUAAAACCUAUACCACAAAAUACUGAAUAUAGGACACGUGUAAGAAAAAAUGCAGACUCAAAAAAUAAUUUAAAUGCCGAGAGAGUUUUCUCAGACAACAAAGAUUCAAAGAAACAGAAUUUGAAAAAUAAUUCCAAGGACUUCAAUGAUAAGCUGCCAAAUAAUGAAGAUAGAGUCAGAGGAAGUUUUGCUUUUGAUUCACCUCAUCAUUACACACCUAUUGAAGGAACUCCUUACUGUUUUUCACGAAAUGAUUCUUUGAGUUCUCUAGAUUUUGAUGAUGAUGAUGUUGACCUUUCCAGGGAAAAGGCUGAAUUAAGAAAGGCAAAAGAAAAUAAGGAAUCAGAAGCUAAAGUUACCAGCCACACGGAACUAACCUCCAACCAACAAUCAGCUAAUAAGACACAAGCUAUUGCAAAGCAGCCAAUAAAUCGAGGUCAGCCUAAACCCAUACUUCAGAAACAAUCCACUUUUCCCCAGUCAUCCAAAGACAUACCAGACAGAGGGGCAGCAACUGAUGAAAAGUUACAGAAUUUUGCUAUUGAAAAUACUCCAGUUUGCUUUUCUCAUAAUUCCUCUCUGAGUUCUCUCAGUGACAUUGACCAAGAAAACAACAACAAUAAAGAAAAUGAACCUAUCAAAGAGACUGAGCCCACUGACUCACAGGGAGAACCAAGUAAACCUCAAGCAUCAGGCUAUGCUCCUAAAUCGUUUCAUGUUGAAGAUACCCCAGUUUGUUUCUCAAGAAACAGUUCUCUCAGUUCUCUUAGUAUUGACUCUGAAGAUGACCUGUUGCAGGAAUGUAUAAGCUCCGCAAUGCCAAAAAAGAAAAAGCCUUCAAGACUCAAGGGUGAUAAUGAAAAACAUAGUCCCAGAAAUAUGGGUGGCAUAUUAGCUGAAGAUCUGACACUUGAUUUGAAAGAUAUACAGAGACCAGAUUCAGAACAUGGUCUAUCCCCUGAUUCAGAAAAUUUUGAUUGGAAAGCUAUUCAGGAAGGUGCAAAUUCCAUAGUAAGUAGUUUACAUCAAGCUGCUGCUGCUGCAUGUUUAUCUAGACAAGCUUCGUCUGAUUCAGAUUCCAUCCUUUCCCUGAAAUCAGGAAUCUCUCUGGGAUCACCAUUUCAUCUUACACCUGAUCAAGAAGAAAAACCCUUUACAAGUAAUAAAGGCCCACGAAUUCUAAAACCAGGGGAGAAAAGUACAUUGGAAACUAAAAAGAUAGAAUCUGAAAGUAAAGGAAUCAAAGGAGGAAAAAAAGUUUAUAAAAGUUUGAUUACUGGAAAAGUUCGAUCUAAUUCAGAAAUUUCAGGCCAAAUGAAACAGCCCCUUCAAGCAAACAUGCCUUCAAUCUCUCGAGGCAGGACAAUGAUUCAUAUUCCAGGAGUUCGAAAUAGCUCCUCAAGUACAAGUCCUGUUUCUAAAAAAGGCCCACCCCUUAAGACUCCAGCCUCCAAAAGCCCUAGUGAAGGUCAAACGGCCACCACUUCUCCUAGAGGAGCCAAACCAUCUGUGAAAUCAGAAUUAAGCCCUGUUGCCAGGCAGACAUCCCAAAUAGGUGGGUCAAGUAAAGCACCUUCUAGAUCAGGAUCUAGAGAUUCAACCCCUUCAAGACCUGCCCAGCAACCAUUAAGUAGACCUAUACAGUCUCCUGGCCGAAACUCAAUUUCCCCUGGUAGAAAUGGAAUAAGUCCUCCUAACAAAUUAUCUCAACUUCCAAGGACAUCAUCCCCUAGUACUGCUUCAACUAAGUCCUCAGGUUCUGGAAAAAUGUCAUAUACAUCUCCAGGUAGACAGAUGAGCCAACAGAACCUUACCAAACAAACAGGUUUAUCCAAGAAUGCCAGUAGUAUUCCAAGAAGUGAGUCUGCCUCCAAAGGACUAAAUCAGAUGAAUAAUGGUAAUGGAGCCAAUAAAAAGGUAGAACUUUCUAGAAUGUCUUCAGCUAAAUCAAGUGGAAGUGAAUCUGAUCGAUCAGAAAGACCUGUAUUAGUACGCCAGUCAACUUUCAUCAAAGAAGCUCCAAGCCCAACCUUAAGAAGAAAGUUGGAGGAAUCUGCUUCAUUUGAAUCUCUUUCUCCAUCAUCUAGACCAGCUUCUCCCACUAGGUCCCAGGCACAAACUCCAGUUUUAAGUCCUUCCCUUCCUGAUAUGUCUCUAUCUACACAUUCGUCUGUUCAGGCUGGUGGAUGGCGAAAACUCCCACCUAAUCUCAGUCCCACUAUAGAGUAUAAUGAUGGAAGACCAGCAAAGCGCCAUGAUAUUGCACGGUCUCAUUCUGAAAGUCCUUCUAGACUUCCAAUCAAUAGGUCAGGAACCUGGAAACGUGAGCACAGCAAACAUUCAUCAUCCCUUCCUCGAGUAAGCACUUGGAGAAGAACUGGAAGUUCAUCUUCAAUUCUUUCUGCUUCAUCAGAAUCCAGUGAAAAAGCAAAAAGUGAGGAUGAAAAACAUGUGAACUCUAUUUCAGGAACCAAACAAAGUAAAGAAAACCAAGUAUCCGCAAAAGGAACAUGGAGAAAAAUAAAAGAAAAUGAAAUUUCUCCCACAAAUAGUACUUCUCAGACCGUUUCCUCAGGUGCUACAAAUGGUGCUGAAUCAAAGACUCUAAUUUAUCAAAUGGCACCUGCUGUUUCUAAAACAGAGGAUGUUUGGGUGAGAAUUGAGGACUGUCCCAUUAACAAUCCUAGAUCUGGAAGAUCUCCCACAGGUAAUACUCCCCCUGUGAUUGACAGUGUUUCAGAAAAGGGAAAUCCAAACAUUAAAGAUUCAAAAGAUAAUCAGGCAAAACAAAAUGUGGGUAAUGGCAGUGUUCCCAUGCGUACCGUGGGUUUGGAAAAUCGCCUGAACUCCUUUAUUCAGGUAGAUGCCCCUGACCAAAAAGGAACUGAGACAAAACCAGGACAAAAUAAUCCUGUCCCUGUAUCAGAGACUAAUGAAAGUUCUAUAGUGGAACGUACCCCAUUCAGUUCUAGCAGCUCAAGCAAACACAGUUCACCUAGUGGGACUGUUGCUGCCAGAGUGACUCCUUUUAAUUACAACCCAAGCCCUAGGAAAAGCAGCGCAGAUAGCACUUCAGCUCGGCCAUCUCAAAUCCCAACUCCAGUGAAUAACAACACAAAGAAGCGAGAUUCCAAAACUGACAGCACAGAAUCCAGUGGAACCCAAAGUCCUAAGCGCCAUUCUGGGUCUUACCUUGUGACAUCCGUUUAAAAGAGCAGAAGAAUGAAACUAAGAAAAUUGUAUGUUGAUUACAACUGCUAUAUAGACAUUUUGUUUCAAAUGAAACUUUAAAAGACUGAAAAAUUUUGUAAAUAGGUUUGAUUCUUGUUAGAGGGUUUUUGUUCUGGAAGCCAUAUCUGAUAGUAUACUUUGUCUUCACUGGUCUUAUUUUGGGAGGCACUCUUGAUGGUUAGGAAAAAAAUAGUAAAGCCAAGUAUGCUUGUACAGUAUGUUUUACAUGUAUUUAAAGUAGCAUCCCAUCCCAACUUCCUUUAAUUAUUGCUUGUCUUAAAAUAAUGAACACUACAGAUAGAAAAUAUGAUAUAUUGCUGUUAUCAAUCAUUUCUAGAUUAUAAACUGACUAAACUUACAUCAGGGAAAAAUUGGUAUUUAUGCAAAAAAAAGUUUUUGUCCUUGUGAGUCCAUCUAACAUCAUAAUUAAUCAUGUGGCUGUGAAAUUCACAGUAAUAUGGUUCCCGAUGAACAAGUUUACCCAGCCUGCUUUGCUUUACUGCAUGAAUGAAACUGAUGGUUCAAUUUCAGAAGUAAUGAUUAACAGUUAUGUGGUCACAUGAUGUGCAUAGAGAUAGCUACAGUGUAAUAAUUUACACUAUUUUGUGCUCAAAACAAAAAUCUGUAACUGUAAAACAUUGAAUGAAACUAUUUUACCUGAACUAGAUUUUAUCUGAAAGUAGGUAGAAUUUUUGCUAUGCUGUAAUUUGUUGUAUAUCCUGGUAUUUGAGGUGAGAUGGCUGCUCUUUUAUUAAUGAGACAUGAAUUGUGUCUCAACAGAAACUAAAUGAACAUUUCAGAAUAAAUUAUUGCUGUAUGUAAACUAUUACUGAAAUCGGUAUUUGUUUAAAGGGUCUUGUUUCACAUUUGUAUUAAUUGUUUAAAAGGCCUCUUUUAAAAGCUUAUAUAAAUUUUUUUUCUUCAGCUUCUAUGCAUUAAGAGUAAAAUUCCUUUUACUGUAAUAAAAACAAUUGAAGAAGACUGUUGCCAUUUAACCAUUCCAUGCGUUGGCACUUAUCCAUUCCUGAAAUUUCUUUUAUGUGAUUAGCUCAUCUUGAUUUUUAAUAUUUUUCCACUUGGGCCGGGCGUGGUGGCUCACGCUUGUAAUCCCAGCACUUUGGGAGGCCGAGGCGGGUGGAUGACAAGGUCAGGAGAUCAAGACCACGGUGAAACCCCGUCUCUACUAAAAGUACAAAAAAUUAGCCGGGCGUGGUGGCGGGUGCCUGUAGUCCCAGCUACUCGGAGAGGCUGAGGCAGGAGAAUGGCGUGAACCCGGGAGGCGGAGCUUGCCGUGAGCUGAGAUUGCGCCACUGCACUCCAGCCUCGGUGACAGAGCGAGACUCCAUCUCAAAAAAAAAAAAAAAAAAAAUAUUUUUCCACUUAAACUUUUUUUUCUUACUCCACUGGAGCUCAGUAAAAGUAAAUUCAUAUAAUAGCAAUGUAAACAGCCUAGCACAGACUAAGCAUUGAACAUAAUAGGCCCACAUAAUUUCCUUUUUCUUAAUAUUAUACAAUUCUGUACUUGAAAUUGAUUCUUAGACAUUGUAGUCUCUUCGAAGCUUUACAAUGUAAACUGUCUUGCCCCUUCAUCUUUUUGUUGCAACUGGGUCUGACAUGAACACUUUUUAUCACCCUGUAUGUUAGGGCAAAAUUUCAGCAGUGAAGUACAAUCAGCACUUUGCCAUGCUCAGAAAAUUCAAAUCACAUGGAACUUUAGAGGUAGAUUUAAUACAAUUAAGAUAUUCAGAAGUAUAUUUUAAAAUCCCUGCCUGUUAAGGAAACUUUGUUUGUGGUAGGUACAGUUCUGGGGUACAUGUUAAGUGUCCCCUUACACAAUGGAGGGAAGUCUUCCUUCCUGAAGAAAAAUAAACUGACACUUAUUAACUAAGAUAAUUUACUUAAUAUAUCUUCCCUGAUUUGUUCUAAAAGAUCACAGAGUGACUGUGAUGACACAUGCACACAUAUUUGUUGAAUAAAUGAAAAUUUAUUUUUAGUGAUAGAUACAUACACUCUGUAUUUGGGGAGGGAAAACCUUUUUAAGCAUGGUGGGACACUCAGGGAGAUAAGAGAGGAGUGAAUACACCUACCUGGUGCCUUGAAAAUCACAUCAAGUAGGUAAUUACCCCUUACGUGUGUUUAUAACUUCUAGGUAAUGAGAAUGAUUUUUUUAAAGCUAAAAUGCCAGUAAAUAAAAGUGCUAUGACUUGAGCUAAGGUAUUUGACUCCAAUGCCUAUGCUGUGUCUACUGCACCACUUUGUAAACACUUCAGUUUACUAUCUUUGAAAUGAUUGACCUUCAAAUUUUUGCCAAAUGUUAUCUGAAAUUGUCUAUGAAUACGAUCUACUUCUGUUGUUCUCCAAGGCUUCCAUAAACAAUGGAGAUACAUGCAUAUAUGUCGUACUGGUUUCCUUUCAUUUUUUGAUUUUCUAUUUCUAAUUUUCUGAAUUACUGCUUGCCAGUUUUUGCAAACCAAGUACUUCUAUGGAAAGAGAUGGAUGUUAAUUAGAUAAACUUGCCUUUUAAUUCAAAUAAGGAAGAAAAUAUAAAUGCUGAAAAUGAAGAGUUAAUUCCACAUGCCAGAAAAGUGGAAUUUUUGUAGGCAACACUGACUGGGAGCAGGGCCAGUCUACCCAUUGAAGUAAAGACUGCUGGAUGAGGCCCUCUAUUAGAGAUAGUGGUUCUGAAUUAGUAAAGGGGCAAAUCUCAAUUCUAAUUAUAGAUGUUCACAGGGUGCUGCUAUAAUCGAUAGCAGGCCAAAUAUUCCCAGUUUAUGCUUGUUAACAAAUGGCAUACUAAGCCCAGUGUUGGGAAUUAGUAAAGAGUUACGAUGCCUGUUUAGAGAGGAGUGGGAGAGGGAGAGUUACCUAUCAUAAGGCACUUCAAAGGAGUGCGUUGGGAUACCAGGAGUGCUUACCAAGACAUAGCUGGGCCAUACCCCUAGUUUGAUUCACGAGGUUUGGAAUGGGGCCCAAGAACUUGCAUAUCUGACAAGUUCAAAGGUGAGGCUAAUGCUGCUGGUCUGGAGACCACACUUUGAGAAUUACUACCCUAAGUUACCACAGUGAAGCUCCUUGAGUGGUUGCCUUCAGCUCUAGCGAUUCCUCCCAACAACUGGACCCUUAAUCUUGACAAAGUAUACCAACAGAUAAAAGACUUCCCCUAGGCAUAAAAGAUUUCAGUAUUGAGCCAUCCAGUUUGAUAAUGCUCAUCUCAACUCCUGACAGCAGACAAACUUAGCCAGACACGAACGAACAGGUAAUUCUAAAGACGACGAUAUUUGAAGGAUCAGUUAAUGUUCCCUUUGAGACUGUCAUUAUAAAAAGCAGUAACUUCAGCAAAGAUCUAAUCUGAAUUUUCAAUCAGAUUAAAAGAGACUAUGAAAAGGGAAUUUUGAGAUGAGAAAAGGAUGAUUUCAGAUGAAAAUAUGCAGUUUUUUAAUAUACAGUGGAAGUGAUCAAUAAUUAGCAAAUAAGAUAUUUGAGGACAACUUUACAAAUUACCAGGGUAAUGAAAAGGAAGUAAUCAAAGAUAAGCCCCAUAAGGAUCAAAUAGCUCUGUAAGUACAGUAAAAGGUUUGUUGAUUAAAAUAUGGAUCAUGUUGCCACGGGUUAAUUACAUGAAAGGAUGAAUCUCUUGCGGAGGAUGGAAGCCAGUUGCACAAUAUCUGAAUAUAUGUUAUCCCAGGGUUUCUUGGAAACUAAGGAAAAAAGCAGAGCACCAGAAAUGCAAAAAGUAAAUUGCCCAUAGCUAAAGAAACACGCCGAGUAGUCAGAUCAUUAAAAUUUAUGAAAAUUAUUUUUCAAAAGACAUGGUGGCUGAAACUAUAAUUUUUUUCCUUUCUAAUAAGUGUAUUUUCCUCAUAUUUCACUGACUGAAAAUUUAAAAAUCACUUUGUAAUGUUGAAACCUAUAGACUGUGGCUCCUGUAAACCCCAGGUCAUUUUCCUGCCAUUCUUAUAACUCAUCUAUAAAAGUAUAUUCUGCUUUUUGUUAGGCCAUUGAUGCUUUUUUCAACCUGUACGUUCUAUGUAUAUAAUAUUGUUCUUGGUGCUAAAUACACUUUCUUUUCUCUGA